CUCCUAUUCCCAUCCCCAGCACUUACUCUGUCUCUCCAAUUAAUAUAUAUAUUUCUUCACCUCUUCAAUACUCACUUAACUUUCCACUUUGCAUUGCAAUUUGCAUGGAUGGAGCUUCAACUUGGCCUCGCCCUCCCAACCAUUCCCUCCAAACUCCUCGACCUCAAUUCUCGUACCUACGACCCUUUUAACCACAAAAAACGUACCUUUUCUCAGCUCUCGGAGCACGCACCUGAAACUACUCACACCCCCACCCAUGUUAUGCUUCCUACUCUGUCUCUUCUCCCUUUAACUCCUUCCCGCUCAAACCACGAUCAUCAACACCCCAUCCACACCAAGGACGAUGAGGAGGAUGUAGAAGCUUUAGUGGGUUGGCCGCCAGUAAAUUUUUGGAGGAAGAAACUUCGUUUUGAUAACUAUGGGGAAGAGGUUGCAGGGAAUGAUCACACGGUCUGGAUUGAUCAUCAUCAAAAUGGACAUGGACAUGGACGUGGUUCUGUUGCCCUCAGAGGAUCCCAUACUCUGUACGUGAAAGUGAAGAUGGAGGGUGUAGGGAUUGCGCGAAAGAUUGAUCUUAGCAUGCACCAAUCGUUUCAAACGCUCAAGGAAACUUUGAUGGACAUGUUUGGCAAAUGUCAUCAGCCAUCAGGCGGCUAUGAACUGGCUUAUCAGGAUAAAGAGGGUGAUUGGCUUCUUGCAGAAGAUGUACCAUGGAGAAGUUUCGUUCAGUGUGCACGACGGCUCAAAUUGCUGAAGAGGAUCCGAUAAGAGGCAAUGAAAUCUUCAGCGUUGUUAACUUUGUUGGCUCAGGAUGACUCUUUUUUUUUUUUGGUCAACUGUAUCUAUAUCCAGCGCGUAGUUUGUGUAUGAAACAUAUAAUUAAUGUUUUGUUAACACAAUAUAAAUAAUAUAAAUAUAUAGUCAAGUUUAUG